AUGGCCUCCUCGGUGCCUAGGCGGUUUGCUCCUCUGGCGGGCGCGGCGGCGGGCGGUGGCCGGCCGAAGCUGCAGGGCGUGGUCUUUGACAUGGACGGCACGUUGUGCGAGCCGCAGACGCACAUGUUCGGGGAAAUGCGCGCCGCGCUCGGCAUCGAAAAGGGCAUCGACAUCCUCGCGCACAUCGAAUCCCUCCCACCCGCCGCCCAACCCACGGCCAUCGAGUCCAUCCGCGCCAUCGAGCGCCGCGCCAUGGAGUCGCAGGUACCCCAGCCGGGCCUCGCCCGCCUCAUGGCCUACCUCGACUCCCGCGGCGUCCGCAAGACCAUCUGUACGCGCAACUUCGACGUCCCCGUCCAGGGCUUCCUCGGCAAGUUCCUCGCGGGCUCCGUCUUCGACCCCAUCGUCACGCGCGACUUCCGCCCCCCGAAGCCCGACCCCGCGGGGAUCCUGCACAUCGCCCGCAGCUGGGGUCUCGUAGAUGAGAGCACGGGCGAGCCUGACGCGAGUGGGCUCAUCAUGGUGGGCGACAUGAUUGAUGACAUGACGGCGGGGAGGAAGGCCGGCGCCGCGACCGUCUUGCUCGUCAAUGAUGUGAACCGCGCCAUUGCGGAGCAUGCCCACACGGACUUGGUCAUUGACAAGCUGGACGACCUCGUGGCCAUCUUGGAGGAGGGCUUCGAGGGCCGCGAGAUUGUCUGA